AUGAUGCAAGCGGCGUCCACUUUGUGCGGCGCUGCCAACGCAGUGUCAGGUGCAGGCAACGGAUCCUGCUACCUGCUCGAUCCGGCCUGCGACCAUCAUGCGCAUUUCUUCACUGAUGGGCAUUACAACCGCUACAGACCACCCUCCGUGUACACCGAUGCCGAAGGCGAACCAACAGUCGUAUAUUUCCAGCUAUUCAUCCAAAGCGCAUUUGACGCCUGUCCCGUAAAGCAGGAGCUGACGUUCGCGAGCCAGAUUGAAUAUUCGUGGCUGGACGUGCGUCUCAACCUGAGUCUCCUGGUGGACGGCCAGCGAACGGCGCCCCUGCCCGAGGGCCUGCCGGACCGACUGUGGAGGCCCCGGCUCGCCUUCUCGCCGGUCACAAAGCUCAAUCCGCUCGACUCGCAAGCCGACCAGCACUUGAGGUUCCGCGUCGCGCCUGACAACCGGAUCGUCGCCAACCGGAGACUGAACUUUGCUGUGUGCUGCAACAUUGACUUCAUCUAUUAUCCCUUCGACGUUCACGUCUGCGACCUGUCCAUCGUAAAUGUGGACAGCGAUGACCACCAGUCGAUUCUGCGCUGGAUAGGAGACGAGCAGAGUCCAUUCCGCGUUUCCGAGAAGAGCAUCCACUUCGACGCGAGUGAGUUUGGCGAGGGCACCUUCAAUUUCCUUGGCCUCCUGCCGCUGUUAGUGGUGGACGAUUUGCCCGGAGGCCGCAGGCGCACGCGACUCGUGGUGCGCGCCGCGUUCCGUCGCCAGCUCCUCGCGGUGCUGAUCGACCCGCUGGGGCCGAGCCUGUUUCCGGUGCUCCUGUCGUGGACUGGCUUCUGGCUCGACCCGAGGCGUCCCGUGCCUCGCGCGGCGCUCAUGGCGCUCUCGUUCGUGAUCCUCGAGCACCAGCAGGUGAGCCACUUUGCCAGCAGAGCGCAGGACCACCAGCUGCGCUCCAUCGACGUCUGGUACCUCAUCUGCCGGUGCUUCAUCAUCGCCGCGCUCCUCCAGUACGUCCUCAUACUUCACACGGCGGACAACUGUCGAGAUGCUGCCAUCGCGCCCCCCACCGCGACUGCGUCACCGCCUCGCGGGGCCUCCUCGGGCGUCGACGUGUUCUCGCCGACGUCGCCGAGCGCCACUGCCGGCGGCUGCUGCUCGCCGGGAAAACUCGCCGCCUUGUCCGAAGCUUCGCCCGUGGCCGCCGCAGCGGGGCUGGCGCGCGUGGUGCGGCUUUCACCUCGAGAGAUUGACGACGCGUGCAAGACGCUCUUCCCGCUGGCGUUCCUGCUGGCGUCGCUGCUGUACGCCGGCGCUUUCGCCGGACCCUUGGUCACGUCCAAGGACUUCGCCAAGCUGCCCGUCCGGUGGGCGGAGUGACGACCCCGCACCGACAAAGCAUUCUUAGUGUGAAUGCCUCGCGAACAGUAUGUGUGCGUGUGUGAAGUGUGGUUUUCAAGGCAUAAAUAUAUAAAUAUUAGUAUUA